GUUGUAAGUUAUAUAAAGUAGGACUUUAGACGCACACUCUCUCAUUCUGCAAAACAAACCUCAGGGUCUUGCUGCUACACACAUACACACGAACGCGUGCACACACAUUCUAGAGUACUCAAACACAAGCACACACACACACACACACACACACACACACACGCACGCACACAUUCAGAGAGCUUGGAAGUUCGUACUGCCUCCCUGGUCGCGGAGAACAACAGGCUUUCUAGAAAGUCAGUACCGCCAGCCAGGAGAGAGGAAGGUGCCGACAAAGCUUGUCCAUGGCUGACUUGAGCUUCAUUGAAGAUUCUGAACCCUACACUGGGAAGGAGGAAGAUGAUGAAGAAGAGGAGGAGGAGGGUGUGGAGUGGGGUUACGAGGAAGGAGUUGAAUGGGGCUUGGUAUUUCCUGAUGCUAAUGGAGAAUAUCAGUCUCCUAUCAAUUUGAAUUCAAGAGAAGCCAGAUAUGAUCCCUCACUGCUGGAUAUCCGUCUGUCUCCAAAUUAUGUGGUGUGUCGUGAUUGUGAAGUCACCAAUGAUGGACAUACCAUUCAGAUUGUUCUCAAAUCAAAAUCAGUACUUACAGGAGGACCAUUGCCUCAAGGGCAUGAAUUUGAACUAUAUGAAGUCCGAUUUCACUGGGGGAGAGAAAACCAGCGUGGUUCUGAACAUACUGUUAACUUCAAAGCUUUCCCCAUGGAGCUUCAUCUUAUCCAUUGGAAUUCCACCCUUUAUAGCAGCAUUGAUGAGGCUGUGGGGAAAACACAUGGAAUAGCUAUUAUUGCUUUGUUUGUUCAGAUAGGAAAAGAGCACAUUGGCUUGAAGGCAGUAACUGAUGUUCUCCAGGAUAUUCAGUACAAGGGGAAGACUAAAAUAAUACCCUGCUUUAAUCCAAAUACUUUGUUACCAGAUCCUCUUUUGCGUGAUUAUUGGGUGUAUGAAGGCUCCCUUACUAUCCCACCUUGCAGUGAAGGCGUUACUUGGAUCUUAUUCCGAUACCCUUUAACUAUAUCGCAGAUACAGAUAGAGGAAUUUCGAAGACUGAGGACCCAUGUUAAAGGUGCAGAACUCUUAGAGGGCUGUGAUGGAAUUUUAGGAGACAACUUCAGACCCACUCAGCCACUUAGUGACAGAGUAAUCCGAGCUGCAUUCCAAUAGCCAAAGAGAUCAAGAAUGAAUUAAUCUUCAUCCAGGGAAGGGGAGACAAUGGUCCCACAGUGCCCUUGGAUGAGAAAUGAAAACUGUGGAGCCGCUGCUUCAGUUUACUCACAAAGCUCGCAUUGUCUGCCUUCAUCUCAUUUCGCCUUGAUAGACAGCUCUGACAGUUGCUCUGUCCACACAAUCCAGUGAAAUUCUAGAAAUGGCUAUAUGUUAAAAAGAACCAUGUUAUAUUCUCAAGUCACUACUGUUAAUGUUCUCUAAGUAUUCUAAGUAUUUGCAUUACAGUGUUUUAUAGUUGGGUGCAACAUGAAUGAUGCUAGUUUUUUCUGAUUUGUUGUAAAUGUGAAUAUGUAGCAUGUAUCAGUUUUGUAGACAGUUGGGAAAAAUCAACACCCGACAUUGGUAAUUCUUCAUUUCCUGACUGUAACUGAAAAUUCUACUCACUCAGUGAACAGUGUAAUUCGUGAUAAAAAAAUACAUGUUUCAAUCAAGAAGAGCAUACAACUUCAAAAUGUGGUAUAAAAGCAUAGUAUAGAAAAAGAUUUUACCUAGCUUUCUCUCUCUGUUUCUAUACCUCUCUACCAAAAGUAUAUCUAAAUAUAUUUCAUGUGGAGUGCAAACACUUGGGAGUCUUAACUUUGUACAUAGAGAGUAUGGAAAAUGUUUCGGUAAUUAUCAACCUGAUGGAAUAUACACAAUGUAUAUAUUUCUCAUGUUUUAAGAAGAUCAAAUCUACUUGAGGUACUAGAGGCUAUAUAAUUUUCUACGGAACAGCAGAUAAAUAGAACAGAACAGACAGGCCAGACAGGAUGUGAAAGAAAAUGAUUUUUUAAAAAAAGUACUCAGAUUCUAGGUGUACUCUAGAUUGACAGGUGAUAUCAGGCAUACUAUUUGGAAGUAUAUAUUCAUUUCCAUGAAUUAAAGAGGAAAUUUAACACAGGCACUUGUUCAAUUAUUAUGGUUUUGUUUCUAGGACUUGAAAUUUCUUUCAAUGAGUUUCAGUUUUAAAACAAGCACACUCAUGUUUCCAGUUUGCAUGGACUAUAUUAAAACCCUCACAUGGCAGGGCACAACAGUUUUAAAUAGUCAGCAAAUUACAAUUUUACUAAACAACAGUUAAAAUUUGUAAAACAAAGCAGGGUCAUCAUCCUGCUUUGGUGUGAAUUUAUGGCACAAAAUGACAUUGAACAUUUUUUUAGCCCUUAUGCAUAGUGAUAGGAAGUAACAUAUGGAAUAAAUCCCCCCCCCAAAAUCUUUGUUCUAAAUAUCAAAACUAAAGAUAGAAAUUCUAAUAGAGAUGUAAGAAUGCAUUUUAAUGGGCAGCAUGGUGUAUCAAAUUAGAGAGUUGGCCUAACAGUCAGGAAGACCAUUUCAAUUCAUAUUUUUGAUACAUAUUCACUUUGUGGCCCAUUCCUAUAUUCCCGGUCUUCUUCUACAUUACUCCCCUCUAUGUACUCUGCUAUCCAAUGACACCAGCCUCUACCUCCUAGCUGACUUGGCCUCCUUCAAAUCUCAGCUAAAGUAUCACCUUCUCCAGGAGGCCUUUCUCAGUCCUCCUUAAUUUUAAUACCUACCCUCUGAAAUUACUCUCAAUUUAUCUAACAUAGACUUUGUACAUAGUUGUCUGCAUAUUAUCCCCACCCAUCAUCCCUUUAGACUAUGAGCUUCUUCAGAGCAAGGAUAGUUUUUUUUUGCCUCUCUUUAAGUUCCCAGCACUUAGCACAAUGCCUGACACAUAGUAUGUACUGCAUAAAUGUCUGUUGACUGACAAAGAGUGCGGCAGGCACUCCUUAAGACUUUAAGUUGUAGAGAAGGUGAUAACCUGUACUAGUAGAAGCAGCACCUCACCUAGAACUCUCUAUGUUAAUAAAAUUAUAGAUUUAGUUAAAAAAAAAGUGAUACAUUUUAGGAUGUGACACAAGAGGGAUUAUGAUGCAAAUAAGAAGAUCAAUAAGAUGAAGGUAAAUAUUCCAGAAGUAAUAAAAUAUGUAUCUGAAACUCUUAAAACUGAGGAUUGGGUAGGAAAGUGGUAUAGUGUGGUGUGGGGUGGGGUGUGUGUGUGUGUGUGUGUGUGUGUGUUUGCAUGUACGUGUUCGUGUGUGUGUCUUGGAAAGUAAGGGGGUUGAGCUGUGUCCAGUCAGGAGUAGGAAGAGGGUCUGGAAAGAGGGAGCUUUCCAGCAAACCAGUGUCCAAGCAAAGCAGUUUUCAUUUUCUGGAAGAAGAUAAUGAUAAAGGGAAACAGCUCUUCACUCACAGCAGCUCCCAGUCUUGAGCUAAUUUAACAAUGUAACAAAUACUUCUUAAUCAUCUAUAGUGUGCAAAAGAUUGUGCUAUGCUCUGGGAAUACAAAGGUAAAAUGAAAAUUGCUUUCAAAAGAGCUUACAUUCAACUGAGACAAAUUUGCAGGGGUGGGGAUAGGAGGUUAUGGAUUAUACCUUCUGCCAGCCCUUCCCACCAUUCUUUUCGCCCUACUCCAAACACAAAAAUCUUCUUAAAAGAAUUAAUACAGGUUUACUUUCAUGACAGUCAAAUAAACCUAGUGCGAGUUCAGGUAUGCUCUCUCCCCUCUGACAUUUUCUCCCACCCUUUUUGAUAAUGCCAGAAAUUCUUAAAAAAUCAAAUAUCUUGUCAAAAUAUUUUUCUGGCUUGUAAUUUUACUUAAGGUGUAAGUCAGCUGAAAAAUUUAAAUAUCAAACCCUUCCCACUUUUCAUGCAAUGUGAGGGUAAAGUAAGCAGGAUGGCAUUAAAUGCCUGAAGUUGUGAAAGGACCAACUCAGGGGAAAAAAAAACACGGGGGCACUAACAUUCUAAAAAGAAACUAACAAUUUUACCUAAGAUGUGCCAUGCUUAUCUUAAAAAGAACAUGACAAAUGCUUUGCAUGCACUGAGGUAUUUUUGUCUUGUAGUUGUUAAUAUAGACAAUUUUGCUUUUCAUGAUUUACGAAGAUUUUUAUCUUAAAAGUGUGUUUAGCAUUCAUUAUAAUGGAACUUCUUCAAGUUCACUUGUUAACUGAGGUAUUACUGUAUUUGAAAGGGAAACUCAUUCAAUCUUGGGUUUCUCCUGUAUUAGUAAUAUUAUUUUUGUUGAAAUUAAAUAUCUGAUGUGAUUUUUGUUUGCUUAUUAGAGCCUAGACUUGGUCUCUGAAUUGAAAAAAAAAUAUUACUUGAAACAAAAAUAUAUAGGAGACAAUUUUUAUUUCAUCAGGAGUUUUCUUAAUGAUGUCUGUAAUUUUAUUUCUCUUCUAGGAAAAAGGUAGUGAUAAUUUUGCUAAUGAUUAAUACGGACUGGUUUAUUACUAAACGGCCUCCAAGUUAUCCCUGAGAACUUUAUCUUUUAUUUCAUGGGACAUUCAUUUUGUUUUAACAGUACAAAAAUAAGUUUGACUAUCUCUUUAUUGAACAAGUCAUAAAAAAUGAUGUUCUGUAAACCAUAUGUUUCUCAGAUCAUGCAUGAUGAAAGAGCCUUAUACUGUAUUCUGGGAAUGAAAAAAAAAUUACCAUUGAGUUAUUAGUUAGGACUUGUUACUCAAACUAUUAUUAUUUAAAUUGUAAAUAUUUCUUACUCCUGCAAAUCACCAUGUGCAUCUGUAGAAGACUAGAAAAUGUGUAUUUCUCUCCCCUUUCUCCAUUUUAUACCACUUUAUGGGUAGUUGUAAUAUUAGGACAGCAAAUAUUGACCUUAUGAUGGAAUGUGAAAGCUAUUUAUUCUAUAUAAACAUAUAAAUAAAAUACAUCUCUUGAAUUGUACCAUAUUGUGAAAAAUAUGAGGUGUGACAGGGAAAGUGAUGUAAUGUCACCCUUAAAAAUAUACACACAGAGAGCGUUAUUUCCUUUUCCCAUGUUCUCUUCCUUUGUUUAUAGUAGUUUCCUGUGUUACUUAGUACACACAGUCAGAGUUGGCUACACUGACUGAGGAAAGUAGUGGGUUAUCAGAUGUGACCCUUCAAACAUUGUUUGAGUGCCAACCUUUUUAAGAAAAAGAGAAAUUACUCUUUAAAUUGGAGCUCUUCUGACCUAGGCCUAAGCUUACAUUAUAAGGAUUUUUAAAAAUCUGCUUUAACUCUCUUACUUUGUAUGUGAUUGCUCAUUUGGAAAUGAGGCGAUUGUAUUUCUGUUGCUGAAGAUGGAAUGAAUCUCUUCAAGCUGAGUUCUUUCAACACACAAGCCCGACACUGGAACCCUGUAGAGCUUUAGCUAUUGAACAAAACUCAAGAAAAAAAUUCCUAGAGAUGCCACGAAGGCCCUGAUCUGCCUGCAUUAGUUCCAUUGGGCCUCGUUCACUCCCAGAAUAACUCUAUAGGAUAAUUCCUUUGAUAAGCUUUAAUUGCUUUAGAGUUAGACUGGAAUUCAUUUGGCCUCAAUGGGAAUUUUUUUUGGUGGAAUUACAUUAGAAUCUGGUCCAAUGGGAUUUUUUUUUUUACAUGCAGAUCAAAGUCAGUACAUUAAAAAGAAGAGAUUUUCUCUUAGUCACAUAAAAUUUUAUAAAAUGCAGGAAACUUCUAAUCUUAUCAAAACAUGAGACUAGUGCCAAUGUGACUCCUUGAAAUUGCAGUCAUGUCUAAUAACUUUCCUUUAAGAUACUUUGUAAGAAUGUUUCCAAAUAGUCAUUGAACAACUACAUUAGCCUGCAUAAUAUAUCCUUUUCCUUCUGCCUCUUCUACUAUAGAAAGUGUAUUCAUUUAAAAAAUAGAGUUGCACUUUAAAUGAAUGUACCACAUUUGGGCAUCACUUUCCUCACCCCAAAAAUUUACUGUAUUGAUUGUAUGACCUUGUAAAAUAUACUUAAUCUCUCUGGA